AUGAGCGAAAGCAUUCCCGGCCACAAACAUUCAACUCAUUCAAGAUUAGGUGGUGCAGAUUUGAAGAGGAAACGCCAAAACAGCACUGCCAGCCAAACAUCGUCAGAGCCUAAGCUGCGUCUCUUGCGGGGAGCCUUUCCAACCUGGCAAGGAUGUUCCAAUACGGACGGUUGGGCUGGAAAGAAACAGCCCUUUGCGGCCGUCCGUGAUAGAUAUCACCCAAGAUCCCAUCUCGCCCUGAAAUCUCCGAAUAUUAACCGACAUUUCGCCUGUAUCAAGACUAACAAGGUAACCUAUAUACCAAUCUCGCACGCAUGGCACGAGAGUGUCGCAGCCGCACAGGAUACUCGUACUGAAAGCAUCAACGUUGCUCGGAUCGUUUACCAGACACCGGUCAAAACUCUCCUUGCACUUGCAGGAGACUCCCCAGACUGCGAGAUAUGGCAUGACUACGUAAGCGUGCCGCAAUGGCGCGCCGAUAUUCAGAAGCAACUCCUACUUAGUAUUCCAGAAAUAUACAACCACGCCACAAAGACUGCCAUUCACUUGGAUGACGUGAAAUCGGUACAUAUAAUUAAUCAGGCCAAAAGCUCGCCAUAUAACAGAUUCAUCGUCGACUUCACAACCAUAAUCAAAUCAAGAUGGUUCGAUCGCAUGUGGGUUGCCCUGGAAUACAUCCGCAGCAAAGACGUCGUUAUUCUUACGGAGGACUACACGGUAUGCGAGCACAAUGCGAGGGACUUGUGUCUCCGCUUAGAGGCACUACAUUCGAAAUGGGUGAAGCAGCGAGGUAAUUCCGACGUGACAGAGGAGAUAUGGAAGCAGAACACAACCCUCAAAAGAAUGAAUUCAUGGAUAGACAUGGAAGCAUGGAAGAACGACAAAGGAAUGUACAGGACCCUUGGAUGGGCUAUUGGGAUACUGGGCCAUCGGCAGUGUCGACGGUCCAGGGAUUAUCUUCUGGCCCUUGGGAAGAUGUUGGAUUUCGUUCCCUCGAAAGAUCCUCUUAUUCUCGUCGAAGAUCGGUUCCAAUACUUUCUAUCUCUCGCUACGCAUGCGCUACUACUCGGAGACUACACGCCUUUGCUGUUUAUACCACCUCCAGCUGAGAAAAGGGAUGGCCGUGCACCAUGGCUGCGUGGAUACUCUACAGCAGGUUGGAAAGUCUGGGACUUGGGUCGAUGUCACCGGAAGACGACGUAUGAUUCAAUCAUCAGAGAUGGCAGAGUCCAGCCCACUCUCGAAACGGUGGGUGUCAUUGAGCGGUUUGAAUACUUCGGCUUUGAAGGAGAAGCUCGAUCGGUCGUCGAUCACGUCCUAUCCAAGACAGUCAGAGCCCAAGGUCGGGAUCCCAAAGCUCUCUGUGAGGCCAUGGACCGCAUCUUUCCACUAGACAAGAGGGAAGGUGUAAACAUGGACUGGAAAGACACUGAACAAGAUCAUGCCGAGAUAUACGACUUACACAAGAUACAAUGUAUUCUAGAAGAAUACGGGUCUUUCCUAGAUGCCGAGGUGGGACAGGAAGCAAGCAUUCAGAGAUUAGAGAUAGUGAAGAAGAUUACAACAGUUUUAAAACUCAAUAAGAGAGUGAAUUAUGCAAAGGAGUCCCGCCUAGAUAUGGCAGCAGGGGAGGCAGGCUGGUUUCUGAGGGAGUAUGGAAAAGCGAUGGAGGGGAUCAGCCAAGUAAGCUACAAAAUCUGUGGCCGGCGAUCCAUGUUUCGAAUGACUGUAUGGGAGGAACCGAAACCAGAUGCUGCACAACUCUACAGAAUCCCUGGGCUUUUGUGCGAUGAUACACUGCCGGAGGGUAUUGGGGCCGUGGUCCAAGAGAACAGGGUGCUCGGCAAAACGAUGUAUGCAACACCUGCCUGUGCGUGUGGCCGGCUGGAGACGGUUGAGCUUGGCUCAGAAGGGCUGUAA